AUAAACCGGUGAUCGGUUACAGGAAUCUUCAUUCUGUUUUGUUUGUGAAGUGAACUGGUUUCGGGAUCGUAGUGGAUCGGGUGGAUUUUUCGGGAGCCGUGAAUCAGCGGUGAAAUGUGGUUUGUGAUGGAGGUCAACUGAUCCACUCUCACAUCACGGAAGAACCCAAGUAGGAUACUAAGUGAAUUUUAAAUCGUCCUCUGACUGUCCUCGCCAAGAGGGCGAGCAAAAGAAGAAAGAAAAAAAUAGUGCUUGUGAAUCCUAGUGAGUGUGUAUGUGUGUGUGUGACGAAGAGAAGAGUUGCCCCGGCUUCGACUGGGAUUAACCGGCGUGGGAAGCUCACAAUUGCGAGGAGGCGAAACGAGAAAGAAUUGCCCCCCAUUAGUCACAAUCAGGAAGAGCCUCGCGGGGUGGAGGUGAAAAUCAAGUGUCGGUUGGGAAAGACAAACCUGACCACUCAAGGGGGUCGUCCGUUCUACUCCAGUCUAGCUGCAGGAAAAUUUUGAUUUAUUUUAUUUGUGUCCAUAUUUUUUCUCGCUCGUGCCGGGUUUUGGGCUUUUUUCUUUUUUCUUUUUUGGCCUGCGGGCCUGUAGGCCCGACAAAUGAGUUUUAAAAAGGGCCGUAGAAAAAAGCUGCUGCCUCCUAAGAAGAAAACGACGAUCACGACGCCUACAACAACAUCGUCCAAGACGACGACGACGACAACGACGACGGCGAAGUGUAAAGCGUGAAAAUAUAUAUCAUUAUUAAUGCCACUUUUUAUUUAGCCUAAUUUUUUACCGUUAUGUUUUCCUUCGGCUAACUACCUUGGCCUCAGCUCCCCAAAACCCGCGAUCUUCCCCGAAGUGAACGUGAAACACGCGCGAGGGAAGUUUCCCUAAUGAGGGCAAUAAAUCGACGCGGAAAGGAACACGAAACGCGUGUCACCGUGGCAAAACAAGUACCCGAAUAGGCAUCAUCCUAACGAGGUCACAUUUAUCACGGCCUUCAGAGGAGGGGAUGAAAAAAAAAGUCCAACACAGCACGAGAUUCGAAAUAAACCAAAUCACGACACGAACACCUGAAAUAAAAUACAACAAAGAAACCAAAUUAACAACAAUCCAGUGGAGAAGGCGAAUAAAACCGAUUCCAAGUAACAGCCCAGUUUGGUCCAAGGAUGGGAAAAAUGAACUCGUUCACAAUCGCGAUCAGUGCAAGGACAUUUUCGCGGCGGCGGCGGUGGCAGAACGGAGUGGCCACCAGACUAGGUCGAACUUUGCCGAUGGUGAUUCUGCUUGUAACGCUCAAUUUGCGGCUGGUCAGUGGAGUGGCGGAUCCGGCUCCGCAGCGAAAGGUGAUGGAGCUAAGCGCCAGUAACGGUCAGGACGGGACCGACCGGGGACAUCCUUAUGGCGGCAUCACUUCGGCAGCGUCGUCGUCCGCUGGAUUAUCAUCCUCGUCGUCCGCAGCCGCUGGGAGCAGUGGAAGUGGUGGCAAUGCAGACAAGCCGUACUUUGACGAUGUCAACUCGCGGAAUGUAACCACGGUGGUGGAUGACAGCACCGUAGUGCUCAAGUGCCGCGUCAAACACAAAGGCGACCGAACGGUUUCCUGGAUGCGCAAGCGGGAUCUCCACAUACUGACAUCGGACAUCUACACCUACACCGGUGAUCAGCGGUUUUCGGUGGUUCAUCCGCAGGACUCCGACGACUGGGACCUAAAGAUCGAGUACCCUCAGCUAAAGGACAGCGGCAUCUACGAGUGUCAGGUCAAUACGGAACCGAAGAUCAAUCUGGCGGUCUACCUGGACGUUACAGAGGACCGAGAAUUCGUUCAAGCAUCGGGAGGAAACCACUUUAUCAGCACCACGGGAUUAGAUUUUCUCUCGACAGCAGCCCGGGCCAAGAUUACCGGUUCGCAGGAGGUGCACGUGAAGAAGGGCAGCACCAUCUCGCUGUCCUGCGUCGUCAACGUGCUGGCGUCAUCCAUUUCAUGGUACCACGGUUCUUCGGUGGUCGACUUCGAUUCGGCCCGCGGAGGCAUCAGCCUGGAAACGGAGAAAACCGAGGGUGGCACCAGCAGCCGGCUGAUGCUGACGCGAGCUACCCUGCGAGACUCCGGCAACUACACCUGCGUUCCCUCGGGGGCCAUCUCAGCCAGUGUACAGGUUCACGUUCUGAAUGGUGAACAUCCAGCUGCAAUGCAGACAAGCAGCGGAGUGGUGCUCUGUCCGUCACGUUACGUGCUAGUUUUUAUACUUGCAACCCUAAAUAGUUGUAAUUUAAGUAAAUUAAUCUCCUUCAUAUCAACCCUACUCGGCACGGAAAGGCAACGUCGACGUCGUUUCGUGCUGGCAUCAACGGCAGUCAGUCUUCUAAUUUGUAUCCGUCGUCGUUGUCGUUUUAUGCCCUCCAGUGACGGUAGUUGCACGAACACCAGCAGCAGCAGCAGUAGUCUCAAAAUCCGAUCACUGUCCAUCAGCAGCAGAAGCAGCACAGAAAUCAGCUCUCAAAGCUUGCGCGCGGCACCAACGUUGCUGCAAAAAAGAUGAUCCCCACGCUAGCAGCGACGUUAAUCCCAUUCCAAGGGAUAUCCUAGAACUUCCUCACCGUCGUCGUCAUCGUCACCCCAUUUCCCUUGCAUCAUCCAACGACCGACAUGCAGUCAGUGGGGGUUGUAUGUGGGUUGUACUUGUGAAUAAAAUAGCAUAGUAAAUAAUCAUAAAGGGGUAAAAUCAACUGAAAUAUUAGUCAGCAGUGAGAUCUUCAGCAAAACUAGAUGUAGUGUAAUUGAAAUGAGAACUUUUUCUACUAUUCAACACCUCUCUAAUACCUGUCCGUUGUGGGUGGAACUGCUGUUCGCUGUACGGGAUGAAAGUGACAAUUAAGAAAAGAACAAAAGUGAUGCUUUUACGGAGUUUAGCUGGAAUCGGAGGAUUUGUUCAAAGCUUGAUUUCUACAAGCUUUUUCCCGGUUUAUGUGAUUACUUAACUCCUGCUAGGUCAAAAUGAAACCCCUGAUUGCUUCGUGCUGUUUUGCACUGCAGGUCUUGUUGAUCAUAAAAUUAAACAUUAAUUAAACAGUUCCUGCUGAUGCAUUCGUCGGGAUGAUUUUAAUUUGUCCUGUCGGCAAUGGGUUUCAAUUAGUUUCUGAGCUCAGGUGCAACCAUGACACAAUA